UCAUUCUCGACGUUUUCAAUUGACGAGACGACUACCAAGCGAUGCUGCGCGCCGCUGUGCUUCGAUUAGUGCCAAAUGUGGCGGCUUCCGCCCGCCUCGUGCGUCUACACCAAGUCAGAGCGUUCUCGUCUGCAUUGCCUGAUGGUUGGGAGGCCAUCAAGCGCAGGAACGGUGAUGUUGUGUAUUACAACAAAGACCUACGCAAGACUGUUCGUCAUCUUCCCGGUGUAACUCCGCAGACGGUAGCUGCUGCGAAGUCUACGGAGCCUGAGGCCAAGAAGGACGAGAAUGAGGCCAACACAGCCACAGUGCCUCACCACGAGAACACGGACAAUGAAGUAUUUGUUCUUAUCGACUUCGAUACGGCCGUGUCCAUUGAGGGUCAUGACUCACAAGUGGUGCACAUUGAGCUCGAGCCUAAUCAAUGCCUGCGAGCGGAGACAGGCGCCAUGAUCUACAUGACAGACGGCGUGGAAAUGGAGACGACUACGGCUGGAGGAUUCGGUGAAGGCAUGAAGCGAAUGAUGACUGGUGAAAAUUUCUUCGUGUCGCGCUUCACAUACCAUGGCUCUGAGAAGGGCAAGGUGGCACUUGGCACCAGCUUCCCGAGCAAAAUUGUUCACCUUCGGCUGAGUGACUUCCUUGGCGGAUCUAUCAUCUGCCAGAAGGGUGCUUUCUUGUGCGGCUCAGACACCGUCAAUAUCGAAAUGGAAUUCGCCAAGAAAUUUAGCGUUGGGUUCUUUGGUGGCGAAGGGUUUAUUCUGCAGAGACUGACAGGCAGCGGCGAUGUACUUGUCCGGGCCACCGGAACGCUGAUCGAGCGCGAGCUACAACCUGGUGAAAUCCUGCGCAUUUCGAGUGGUUGCCUCGUCGCCUUCGAGCCUAGUGUCCACUAUGAUAUCACCAUGAUGAAGGGAGCGAAGAAUGUGCUAUUUGGCGGCGAGGGCUUGUUCGUGACGACCCUCACUGGACCCGGUAAGAUCUACCUGCAGAGUCUGCCGUUCGAGCGCGUGGUUGGAGAAAUGGCAGCUCGCAUCCCUCGUGGUGGGCCCGGCGGCAUGAUGUUCCCGUUCAUGAUGGGUGGCGGCGGUGGCGAUCAAGGCGCCAGCGCUGGCGCAGGUGACGAGGCUGCUGGUGCGACUACCGAUGUCGACAGCGGCGAAGAUGUCGGCGCCGCAAACUCCGAAGACGACUGGGGUGCCAAGGACGACGAUAUUUAUGGUGGAAGCAGCGGCAGUAAUGACUCGGCCAGUGGAAGCGAAUUUAACGACGUUGGAGCUGGCGAGUCCGAGGAAUCGAGCGGUGGUGGCAUCAUGAGCAUUUUCAACAGCCUAUUCGGGGACAACGAAGAGUAGAUCUGCCACAAGUGGGCCUAAAAGUUGAAAAUUUUCGGUUGCAAUGUGCAGCUACUAAGCAGCAAGGAAGCAAGAGUGAGUAGGCAUUAUGUUCUUCAUCCUUUUGCGUUGCAAGCGAACUUCUUGCAGUUGAAGUCGUUCAAGCACCUUUCGUGCAACAUACACGCAACAUAACUUGUGCAACUUUGUGUCUGC